AUGUACAUGUCACAAGAAGCUAGGGUCAUCCGAUCAUCAGAGCUAGACAUUGAUGACCCCCAAUUAUCCCUUGCACAAGUAUUGGAACAUGCGGAGCAUGUACGAAUGGCAAUGAGUUAUUGGCAAAAGCAAAACAACAAUAGAAAAGCUCCUCAACAUAAGGAUAGCCCCAGCAAGGAGCUGGCUGAGCUUAUAAACACAAAUGCGCAGAAGAUAGCACAUAAGGUGAAAGUAGCAAUACAUUUAAAUUCACGAGAGGUGGCCAGUAUGGACUCAUGCACACUCACCAGUGGUGGGCACCAAUAUAAAUAG